CCCGCCCCGUUGACGCCAGCAGCGUGUGACGUCAUUGUCCAAGAUGGCCCCACUGAGAUGUUUUCAGUUAAUAACAGCAGCUGUUGUUAUUAUUUAAUCAUGUAACAACACUUUACUGGAGAGGAUUAAUAUUGAAACAAACUCCUUCCAAUAAGAUGUUUUAGCUGCUUUGGUUUUGAUAACUUGGAGUUAUUUUCCGCUUCGCCAUCCAAAGAAGAGAACUGGUCUAAACAGUAAUACAAUGUUAUAUAAGGUGAUGUACUAGUUAUAAAGAAAGAUGUUUGCUCGAUUGAAAAAGAGAAUCCAAGAAGAAGGAGGCAAUGUGAAUGAUGUGGACAAGACUUUUAUUACAACUGGUGGGGGACCAGGAUUGGCAAGUCCUGUCAACAGAUUUCAAGGAUCCCCAUUUACAUCUCAGACCAGCCAACAUGGGAAAGAGUGGCCAGAUACUGAUUCAGGUGUAAGCAGUGCUGCAUCACCAAACAGUCAAUCCAGUGAAGACAUCACAGUAAGGUCAAGAGAGAAUUGUUCGAGGGAAGAAGUAGUGUCUUUACUGCAUCAGAAAACGGACCAAUGUAAAAAGCUAGAAUUAAAAAUAAAUAAUAUUAAAGGUAAAAAAGCUGUUGAAAAACGUGAAGCUUCAGAGACAAAGAAAGAAAAUGGUUUAAAGCAAGAUCUUCAGAGAUUAGAAGAAGAAAACAAGAAAACAAUAUCUGAAAGUAUUCAGGAAAAAGCUGAAUUACGAAGUCAGUUGGAAGAAGUUGAAAAACUGAAGGAAAAAUUUUAUAAACAAGAAGAAGAAAAUGAUGAAUUCCAGGGUUUAGCAACACAAGAAUUGGCUAAAAUAAAACAUUUGCUUCUGAUUGCUGAAAAUGAAUUAUCAAAAACUCAAGCUGAUUUGGAAGAGAAAUCCCAAAAGCUCGAUGAAUCUGAAAAACAAACUAAUGAACUGGAAAGCCAAAUUGCCUAUUUACUUGAGCAAGUUGAUAGUCUAACAGUUGAAAGCAAUUUAUUAAAAGAAGAAUGUAAAGCAAGAGCACAAGCUGUUGAGACACUUACAAUUGACAAGUCAGCCUUUGAAAAACGAGUCAUUGAAUUGACAUAUGCAGUGAAACAGAAAUCUCAACAUGUAUCAAGCUUAGAAUCUUCAACUGCCGAACUAGAAAACAAUCAUGUGACUUUACAAAGAAAUUAUGAUUUAUGUAAGACAAAAAUGACCAAAACUAUUGAAGAAAAGAAUGACCUAAUUGUCCAUUUAGAAGAACGGGUUAGCACACUUGAACAACGUUUGAAUGAUCAUGGUCUGUCAGAAAAUGAUCAAAUUAAGGCUUUACAAUCAGAGAGGGAUAGCCUUGAGAAAAAGUUGUCUGAGUCACGGCAACAGUUGCAGGAAGUAAAGUUUACUUGGAGUGACAAGAUAACCCACCUUGAAGGGCAGAUCUCCCAUCUGAAUGCGAAGAUUAUAGAAGACAGUGAAGAAUUAAGUGGAAGUCAACAGGCAGCUAAUUUAGAAAAGAUAAAUCUGCACAAACAGAUUGAAGAUCUGCAAAUGAAACUAGAUGAUGCAGAAAAGAGAGUAUCAGAGAACUGGGACCUUGCCACUCAAAAGGAUGUUUUACAUGAGAAGGAGAGAGAACAACAUAAACUUUUGCUGGAAGAAAUCAAAAUGAAGCAUUCAGAAACAGAAGAACUUUUACUAAAUAAAAUCGACAGUCUUGAAUCUCAAUUAAAAACUGGUUUAAUGACUCUUGAAGAAGUUAAGUUUUCUGCUGACCAGACAAUUGCUCAAAUGGAAGAAAAUGAAGAAGAAUUGAGUGCAAAACAACUGCUUUUAGAAAGGAAAAUUCAAUCUUUAGAAGAUGAAAGAAAUGAAUUACAGGAUAAACUAAUUUCUCAAGAGAACGAAUAUUCUGCUGUGUUAAGUGAACUUCAGGAGAAGACAAGUAAACUAGAGAAUGUGGAAAUGAAGCUGGAAGCUGCGGAAAAACAACUUGAUGCAGCUUUAGAGGAAUUGCAGGCUGUGAAUAGAGAAGCAUCAGAAACUAAGGCAGAUCUCCAGUGUUGUACAGAAGAGAAAGAUAAAUUACUUUUACGUAAUGCAGAACUGUUUCAACAACUGCAGUCAUUACAGCAGAGUCAGCAAGUUGAGAAAAUGGAGUACGAGCAAGUGUUGAAAGAGAAAUCUGAAAUUUAUACUGCACUAAAGAAAGAGGUGGAAGACAAUGAGGUAACACUGGACCAGUACAGAAAACAGAUUGCUAAACUGGAAACACAGAUACAAGAUGGUGCUGAGCUUUCAAGUGAACUCAUCUUAACAAGGAAUAAUUUACGCCAAUUAGAAGAAACACUUAAUGAUAAAAAUAAGACACUGAAGAGCCAACAGCAAAAAUUAAUAGAUCUACGGAAAACUCUUCAGAAAGAAUUGAAAGUCCAAGCGCUUCCAAAUGACAAUCUACCUCCAGACAAUCGGGACUCCUCUAACACACCUCCUCUCAAGAGAAAAAACAAUCUUGAACAGUCUGUAAAUAUAUCCACUAGCCUUAAUAAGCUGCCUCACGAGGCUUAUGCCAAAAGCCUUGAGUUAAACCACAUGCGUACUCAUUCCGAUCUUCCAGUUCAUGCAACUGAUUCAUUCCGAGUUAAAGCCGACGAGAAAGACGUCAACUUCCUCUACCUGAAACAUGUUGUUUUGAAGUUUAUGCUGAGCCGAGAGAAUGAAGCCCUGCAACUAAUCCGAGCAGUGUCUGUUCUCCUGAAAUUCACACAAGACGAGCAGCAGAUGAUUCGAGAUACUCUUGAGUACAAAAUGUCCUGGUUUGGGUCACGCCCUUCACUUGGCCGCGGUCAAACUGCCAAAAUUAUACCACCCUCAUUUUAGCAACCAUGUUUUAAUUAUUGAGACGAUUGCCAUGGGAUAUAUAAGCAUCACCACUUCCACCUUCAUUAUUAUAUAUCUCUCUCUUUCUUUUGUUCUUUCUUCUUUAUCUCUCUCUCUCUCUUAUCAUCAUCAUCAUACUCAGUGCUAUUUGCUGCUUCACCUAUGUAAAUGACCACCUUGUAUAAAGAAAGGACACUAUUUUCUUAUAUCUCUUGUAUAAACAAAUUAAUUUAAAAAGAAAUAACUGCGGUAACAAAAAAAAAGUAAAAUAAAAAUGGAAAGAAAAAGACAAGGAACUGACAAUAAAUAUACCAUCAAAACAAAACUUCCAAUCUAGUAGUACAACUAAAUAUAUAUAUAAAUGUGUGUGUGUUUGUGUAUAUAUAUAUAUAUAUAUAUAUAUACACAAUAUAAAUUAAUAUUUAUAUGCAGUAAGUCUGAUGCAUGAUUGCAGGUGCAAAUGCAGUUAGGUAGUGGUACUUGGUAAUUCGGUACUUGAUUAACUCUUGGUAUGGCUGUGUAUUUAUUUUGGUUGCCACUGAAAAUAAAAAUCUUUUUGUUAAACCCUGUCA